ACUAGACUAUAGUUACUUUAAAAAAAAACUAUUAAAUUACUAUACUUUUAGACCCAAAUAAGAGUAUAAAAUACACUUAUCAUAUUGUAUAUACAGAACAACAUACAAAAUUAAACUUAUUUUGUUUCUUAAACAUACCUUGCCUAACAUGCCACUUAAAAGUUCUCCCAAUUGCAAGAAACUAAAAUCAUUCAAGUCCCAUUUUUUAACUUCAAUAUUAUUUUUUGGAAUUGAUAAUAUCAUACAUAAGAUAAUAAAUUUGAAAUGGGUCGUCGUAUAUUUAACAGCGUAAAAUUAAUAAAUAACCCAAAAAUAGAGCGUUAGCAGUGUAAUGGUUAAAUAAAAACUUGAGAAAUGAUUACAGAAAAAUGUAAUGCAUGUGCAGAAAAAGGACUUAGCCCAAUAUGGAAUGAGAAGUUUGAGUUCAGGGUCGAUUCUCCAUUGGCGAAUGACGAUCAAUACAAGCUCGUGCUCGAGAUCAUGGAUCACAACUCCUUUUGUGCAGAUGACUAUCUUGGCAAGGCAACGAUCUACGUGAAGGAACUUAUAGAAUUGGGGGUGGAAAAAGGAAAGGCUGAACUCCAUCCUCAAAAAUAUAGAGUUGUCUCCACAAAUAAAACUUACCAUGGAGAGAUUCAAGUUGGAAUUACUUUCACUGUAGCAAAGGAAGAAACUAUCGAACAAGAAGAGUAUGGUGGACAGAAGGACAGCGAUUACUAAUUCUUCUACAAGCUAAUUGUCACCAGAUAUAUGACAGUUCUGUUGGGUUUUUUGACCCAAAUUAGGUUAGGAUUUUUUUGAAGAAAAUACUUUUUCCUUAAUUACACGUAUUUUUAUUGGAAAAAAUAUUAUUUCCUUGAUUCCAUGCAUUGUUAUUGGAAAAAAAAUAUCAUUUCAUUUAUUUCACAUUAUUUUUAUUUUGUUUUCAU